AUGAGUUCCACAGUGACGACUCCAACAGUCCAGCGCGGUGCUGCACAGACAUGCCCAGAAUGCCUCUCCUCCAGUCUCGUCCUAUCCGGAAUCGCCUAUGGAAUCGUCGCAACACUCUUCUUCGACUGCCUCCGUCUCUUGAUUCAGAAAAAAGCCUCUCUUUCCUCCCGACGCCGGCUGCUCUUCAUCACCUACAUGUCGAUGAUGUUCCUCGCAAGCACGACAGCUGUGGUUCUAGGCUCCAUCAGCGUUAUGUGGCCGCCAGGCGUCGGGAAGAUCUUUUCACAACAUGUCUUUGGACCGUAUGUGUUUGCAUUGUGGGGAGCUGACGGCAUGAUGUUCAUUCUCGGAGCGCUCGCCAUGUGGAGUGUUGUACUUUAUCCUCCCGUUACGAAUGGCGAAUACGGAUUCCUGCAUGCCUAUUUUCCUGGUCGCUCUCCCAGAGUUAACCACGCUUACCAACACCAUCCUCGCAAGCCUGGUCGCAUUUCGCCUCCUUUGGCACCAAAGGCGUACACGACGGGUGCUUGGAGAGACCUACGGGACACCGAGUCCGGGCCCACGACGGUGAUAGUGGAGUUGCUUAUCACUCACGUCUCGGUACUUUCUCCUCUAUUCGUGUUCCACCGUGUCGCACAAGGGACAGAUGCGGUCACCAGCAUCCAGACCCAAGAUAUCCGUUUUCAGAUCGAGAAGCCCACAGACUCAGCAAAUGAAACCAACCAUAGAAUAUCCACUCUUCGCUUUACCACUUCUGGAGGGACGGAGAGCACCGCAUGA